GCUCGGGGGCGCGCAGCAGAAGCGGCAGCGCCCGCUCUCGGCCCGCGCCCCGCCGGUAGCGCCCGCAGAGCCGCGCCGAGACAGCGCCCGCCCGUCGUGAGGGAGCGGCAGCACCGCCGGCCCCCUCCGCCCCUCCUCCUCCACCGCCUCCUCCUCCUCCUCCGCCCUCUCCCCCGCCCCUCCUCCAGCCGGAGCGAGCGAUCGAGAUGGCGGCCGCCGGGGCUCUGGCGAAGCACGAGCAGAUCCUGGUGCUCGAUCCGCCCACCGACCUCAAAUUCAAAGGUCCCUUUACAGAUGUAGUAACUACAAAUCUUAAACUACGAAAUCCAUCAGAUAGAAAAGUAUGCUUCAAAGUGAAGACCACAGCACCUCGCCGAUACUGUGUGAGGCCCAACAGUGGAAUUAUUGACCCAGGAUCAUCUGUAAUUGUUUCUGUAAUGCUGCAGCCUUUUGACUAUGACCCAAAUGAGAAGAGUAAACACAAGUUUAUGGUACAAACAACCUAUGCACCACCAAAUAUUACAGAUAUGGAGGCAGUGUGGAAAGAAGCAAAACCUGAUGAGUUAAUGGACUCCAAAUUGAGAUGUGUGUUUGAAAUGCCCAACGAAAAUGAUAAACUGAAUGAUAUAGAUGCAAGCAAAUCCGCCCCAGUACUGAAUACAUCUAAGCAGGAUGGACCGAUGCCAAAACCACAUAGUGUUUCACUUAAUGAUACUGAAACAAGGAAGCUGGUGGAGGAGUGCAAAAGACUUCAAGCAGAGAUUAUGAAGCUGACAGAUGAAAAUCGGCACCUGAGGGAUGAAGGCUUGAGGCUCAGAAAGGUAGCGCACUCGGAUAAAUCUGGAUCACCCACAGCUUUGGCCCUCAGAGAUAAUGGCUCUAAUUCUCUUCCUUCACUUCUUGUUGUAAUUGCAGCCAUUUUCAUUGGAUUCUUUCUAGGGAAGUUCAUCUUGUAGAAAGAAUGAGUGAGAGAAGCAUGCAAAAGUGCAGCUUCCUUCCUUGUUUUUUUUUUUUUUCUUUUUUUUUUGGUUUCGUUUUGUUUUGUUUUUUUGUUUUCUCUUGGCCAGAAAAAGGUUUGUUUACCUACCACAUCAUGGGUAGUAUGGCCCAAGUGGCCCUUUUUGUGUACAGCAUCAUAACAGGCUUUGCCUUUAAUGAUCUCGCACGGUUAGAAAACACAAUCUGAAAAAGACAAACUGUUCGGCUGCUGGACAAAAUUGUACAUUAAGUCAUCAAUAGCAGGUACCAGUUGCACAGUCAGUCCUUUAUGAAAAUUCAUAAAUAAAGAAUUGUUCUUUCUUUCUGUGGUUUUAAUAAGAAUUCAAAAAUUGUUCAGAGUCUUGUAAAUGUUAUUUUAAUAAUCCUUUAAAAUUUUAUCUGUUGCUGUUACCUCUUGACAAAUGAUUUAUUAGAUUGCUAAUCCCACUCAUUCAGGAAUAUGAAUACAAGAGGUAUUCUGGGGGAAAUGGUGCCUCUUACUGUGUAAAUUUUCUCCUUACCUUACUUUGCUAAUAUCAUGGCAGAAUUUCUUUCUUUUUCCUUGUGAGGCAUUGUUGAGAGUUCUUCAUCCUUACAAUCCUGUCCCAUAAUAUUUAACAUGACAAAAGAAAUAAAAUUGUUAACAGAU